AUUGGCGCUGGGGCCAGGCGGGGGCGCGGGCGGGGCGACGGUUCCCAGUCGGGCGCGCGCGGGCAGGGUCCUCAUUGCCUGCUGCGCACCCGGGCGAGCGGCUCCCCUCGGCCUCCUCGCCAUGGACGCGGACCACUCCCAGGGCCCCAAGGGCUCCUUGCGGAAGCUCCUGGAGCACCUCUCCGGGGCCGGCAAGGCUAUCGGCGUGCUGACCAGCGGCGGGGAUGCCCAAGGCAUGAACGCUGCGGUGCGCGCCGUAGUGCGCAUGGGUAUCUACGUGGGGGCCAAGGUGUACUUCAUCUACGAGGGCUACCAGGGCAUGGUGGACGGAGGCUCGAACAUCGCGGAGGCGGACUGGGAGAGCGUCUCCAGCAUAUUGCAAGUGGGCGGGACGAUCAUCGGCAGCGCGCGGUGCCAGGCCUUCCGCACGAGGGAGGGCCGGCUGAAGGCCGCCUGCAACCUGGUGCAGCGUGGCAUCACCAACCUGUGUGUGAUCGGCGGGGACGGGAGCCUCACCGGGGCCAACCUCUUCCGGAAGGAGUGGAGCGGGCUGCUGGAGGAGCUGGCCAAGAACGGCCACAUUGAGAAGGAAGCCGUGCAGAGGUAUGCCUACCUCAACGUGGUGGGCAUGGUGGGCUCCAUCGACAAUGACUUCUGUGGCACCGACAUGACCAUUGGCACAGACUCGGCCCUGCACAGGAUCAUCGAGGUGGUGGACGCCAUCAUGACCACAGCCCAGAGCCACCAGAGGACCUUCGUUCUGGAGGUGAUGGGGCGACACUGUGGGUACCUGGCCCUGGUGAGCGCCUUGGCGUGCGGUGCAGACUGGGUGUUCCUUCCAGAAUCUCCGCCAGAGGAAGGCUGGGAGGAGCAGAUGUGUGUGAAACUCUCCGAGAACCGUGCCCGGAAAAAAAGGCUGAAUAUUAUUAUUGUGGCUGAAGGAGCAAUUGACACCCAAAAUAAACCCAUUACCUCUGAGAAAAUCAAAGAGCUCGUCGUCACGCAGCUGGGCUACGACACACGCGUGACCAUCCUCGGGCACGUGCAGAGAGGAGGGACCCCUUCGGCGUUCGACAGGAUCUUGGCCAGCCGCAUGGGAGUGGAGGCGGUCAUCGCCCUGCUGGAGGCCACCCCCGACACGCCAGCUUGCGUCGUGUCUCUCAGCGGGAACCACGCUGUGCGCCUGCCGCUGAUGGAGUGCGUGCAGAUGACUCAGGAUGUGCAGAAGGCGAUGGAUGAGAGGAGGUUUCAGGACGCGGUUCGACUCCGGGGAAAGAGCUUUGCGGGCAACCUGAACACCUACAAGCGACUUGCCAUCAAGCUGCCAGAUGAUCAGAUCCCAAAGACCAAUUGCAACGUGGCUGUCAUCAACGUGGGGGCCCCCGCGGCUGGAAUGAACGCCGCCGUGCGCUCGGCCGUGCGCGUGGGCAUCGCCGACGGCCACAGGAUGCUUGCCAUCUACGACGGCUUUGACGGCUUUGCCAAAGGCCAGAUCAAAGAAAUCGGCUGGACGGAUGUCGGGGGCUGGACUGGCCAGGGAGGCUCCAUUCUCGGCACUAAACGCGCUCUCCCGGGGAAGUGCUUGGAGGAGAUCGCCAUGCAGAUGCGCAUGCACUGCAUCAACGCGCUGCUGAUCAUCGGGGGAUUCGAGGCCUACCUGGGACUCCUGGAGCUGUCAGCCGCCCGGGAGAAGCACGAGGAAUUCUGUGUCCCCAUGGUCAUGGUUCCCGCCACUGUGUCCAACAAUGUGCCCGGUUCCGAUUUCAGCAUUGGGGCAGACACAGCUCUGAAUACUAUCACCGACACAUGUGACCGCAUCAAGCAGUCGGCCAGCGGGACCAAGCGGCGCGUCUUCAUCAUCGAGACUAUGGGGGGCUACUGCGGCUACCUGGCCAACAUGGGAGGGCUGGCGGCCGGCGCCGACGCCGCCUACAUUUUCGAGGAGCCCUUCGACAUCAGGGACCUGCAGUCCAACGUGGAGCACCUGACGGAGAAAAUGAAGACCACCAUCCAGAGGGGCCUUGUCCUCAGAAAUGAGAGCUGCAGCGAAAACUACACCACCGACUUCAUUUACCAGCUCUAUUCGGAAGAGGGCAAGGGGGUGUUCGACUGCAGGAAGAAUGUGCUGGGUCACAUGCAGCAGGGUGGAGCACCCUCUCCAUUUGAUAGAAACUUUGGAACCAAAAUCUCUGCCAGAGCCAUGGAGUGGAUCACUGCGAAGCUCAAGGAGGCCCGGGGCAGAGGGAAAAAAUUUACCACCGAUGAUUCUGUUUGCGUGCUGGGAAUAAGCAAAAGAAACGUCAUUUUUCAGCCUGUGGCAGAGCUGAAGAAGGAAACAGAUUUUGAGCACAGGAUUCCCAAAGAACAGUGGUGGCUGAAGCUUCGGCCCCUCAUGAAGAUCCUGGCCAAGUACAAGGCGAGCUACGACGUGUCGGACUCGGGCCAGCUGGAGCACGUGCAGCCCUGGAGCGUCUGACUCGGCCCUGCCUGCCUCUGCCUGGCUUCACCAUGGACCGUCCGUUUUUGUAACAUUUAAGUUAUUUAUCAGCACUUUAUUGCAAGUAUUAUUAAUCCCUAAUCAGCAAGCACCUGUCACUGCCCACGUCCCCCUCAGAGCCAGUGCGUGCUGUCUGUGGACUGUGCCUCAUGCUUUCAGAUGUGCGUAUCAGCAGAAUUAAACGUUUGCCUACAGCU